AUGGAUGGCUACCCUUUGGGAAGCCUCGAUCAUAAUGUGCCGCUGAUUGUGGUCUCGGGGUUGAGUUCGGAUCCGCCAGACCAGCCUGCCAGGGCUAAUGGCCAGGGCGUCCUUCUUCGGUCUGAUCUACCGCCUCUCGAGGGAAAGGAAGCGAACUUUUUGGAAUCCUACUUUGAAGAGGUGGACGAGCGCGGGAAGUCAUGGACUGUGGUCACGAGGGAAGAGCACUUCAGACUUCGUGUCAAGACCGUCGGCAGGACUUUUGUCCUUCCAUCGCGACGAGCGACGCUGCCUGAGACUAUCGAGCCGUUGACAACCGCCCCGAUUCUACACUCGCCCUUUUCGCCGCUCAGUCCUUCUUCGGCUCUGUACCCUGAUGGACUGAUGAAUGCGCAGUGGAUCAAGAAGCACCAGGAGGAAAUACCCAGCAUAUUCGUGUGCUUCCACACCUUGACUAGCGAUUCGAAGAUUGCUGUGCAACAAGACAAUCGGUUAAAGUCUGCUCUUAAUGGUAUGAGAGCGACUUUGGUUGAAUCGGGAUACAAGACACGCCUGGUUGUCAUCAUUCUCGGCGAUGCGGAGGCUAAGACUAAUCUGACUGCCGAAAUUAUACAAGAUCGACUGGAGGGUGUUAGAAGGGGAACUGGUUUAGACCCUAAAUCGAUUUUCUAUAUUCCUCCCCAGGAAUCGCCGUCGGAAUUGAGGAGGGUGAUGGAUAGUAUUUUCGCUCUGCUAUACAACACGGCCAUCGAGUAUUAUCGAGAUCUCGGGAGACAUGCUAGGAAGAAGAGAUCCCGAGGAAUCGUCCCUCAGCCGACGUUACCACCUACUUCUGGAACAUCGCAAACAUUGUCAUUGCCAGAUUGGAAUUUCCGUUAUGAUUUCAAGUCUGCUAUUUUCGCCGAGUUUCGCCAAGAAAUUGACGCAGCGAUUCGAUCUUUUGAGCAGGCGUAUGAGAUCUUGCUUGGCCAAGACGUGCUCGACAUCAUCCCCAGCUGGAGCCCUCGCUGGAACGAGGCACGACUUCUUGCGGAUAUCAUAUCUAUUCGCUGUCUACGGCUGCAUUUAUGGAUGGGGCAAACGAGCCUGGCAGUUAGGAGAUGGCAGUCUCACCGUGACCGCAUCAGUGACUUCGUUGACCGCCGAGGAAGAGGCACUAACAACUAUGGCUGGCAAGCUUGGGAAUCCCGGUGGGCAAUGGUGAUGGCUAACAUGAUUGAGAUGGUCGAAGUUCCGGGCUUAGGGCCUUCAACCAUGACGAUUUUCCUUCAGCCAGAGAAAGCUCUCUUUGGAGAGCGAUUGCAGCCCUGGGAAUUAUUGCAUCAUACGGGUUAUUGGUACCGGAUAGCUGCGCGCCAUCUUGGAGCUCGCAGAACAUUAGCCCAUAGGAUACCUGACGAUGAUAGAGGAGCGCCGGACGCUUCGCCUGCAUCGAGGGUGGCGAGCAAGGCGAUUCGCUACGAUACAUACAUGUGUCCUCCGCCUCACGAGGAAUAUCCGUUGAACGGGAACGGAAUCAAUCAUGCACAGCUAAUGAUAGACUGUCUUCUCAAUGCAAGGGGACAGUUUCAAGCGCGGAAGCAGCACCGAAUUGCGGCAGAGAUAUCCCUAGAGUGCGCGAGAGAAAUGGCGACAUUGGGGAGCUGGAAUGAAGUGUUGGCCAUGCUUAGGCCGUUGUGGGAAGAUAAAUCUUUCCGCUCCGAAUGGUGGUUAGACAUCUCUGAAGAUAUCCUGUGGGUAAUGAGGCGGGCGGCGGCGGAAACUGGGCGGGCGGAUAUUGUGGUCGCAAUUGACUGGGAACUAAUGAAUGAGCGGUUUACUCGAAGAAAAAACUGGCACUAUGAUCUGGCCAAGUCAUUAGAUGGGGUAUCAUCGACAUCUAGGCCAUUUAUUACCAUUUCGGAUGACGUAGCAUCGUCUUUUAUAUCAACAUCCUUUGCUUUCCGUUCUAAAGAGGGCAGGGCUGGUGAGACGUGCUUGGCUCAGCUGUCGCUAAAGUCUGAAGCGCUUCAAGCAGCUGCGCCAGUUACUUUGUCUUCAGUCCGGGUCGAAUUCGAGGGACACCUUAAACCGAUCACGCUUAUACACGACUCUGACUUGCCGACGAAUUCUUCCGAAACUCCUGUUUCCGUAACCCUCGUAGCUUUGACGGAGCAACUUGGGGGAGAUGCCAAGGAAAGUGAUGAAAGUGAAAAGGAGGACAAAAAUGAUGGAGACGGAGACGAAGACAAGGCAAAGGACGAAGACGAAGUCGAAGACAAGGACGAUGAAAAGGAGGGUCAACUGACUGGCAAAUGCGAUCUUACGCUUAGACCUGGCCACAGACGGGUUUUUGAGAUGAACAUACCCUUGCGAGAACCAGGGCAGGCGUCGGCAUCUCGCGUGGUCUUGACUUACAAAACCGAAACCUUUGAGUUGGAUUACACGCUGUCAUUGUCAGAGUCUGGCAAAGUCACAGGAUGGCCUCCAAAGAUGAAACUGAGGCUGGUAGAGCCCCUCGGCCAAUUCUAUGCGAAUGAGCCGAUUCCACUGCGGAUUGGCUUAUACAACGAAGAGGACGACUCUGCUAAUGUGAAAUUGGAUAUUCGCAUCGUCGGAAAGGUUAUUCCUCGGUUCCGAGUGGACGCUGGCGAACACAAACGAGAGGUAGAUACCGCUGAAGAAGAGUCGCAAGUGACGGGGCUCGCCCUUGGUCACAUUGGCAGCUCUUCGUCGUUGGAGUUGUCGAUCCAUCUUGACCCAGCGCCAGCGCCUACAGCGUACGAAAUACAGAUUCGGGCGGAUUACCACUUGGAAUCAGACGCCGCAACGCCGAUUGUCCAAGUGCUGCCGAUUCACCUGAAUAUCGUGAACGCGUUUGAAGCAAAUUACGAUUUAAUGCCGCGGCUUCACCCAGAUCCCUGGCCAAGCCUGUUCGACUAUGAAGACCUGCAAGAUGUGUCUGAUGGCGAUGUUGUCCAGGCCAGGGGCCUUGCGCAGCAAUGGUGCCUGGUCUGUCACUAUGCAUCAUUCGCUACAGAAGACCUGGAUGUAGUUGGUCUAGAUCUGGCAGUUACGGCUGUGACGCCUGGCGGGCGGUGUCAGGUCGUGAACCAGCCCGAGCUCUCAGCAGAUGGCAUGAUUGUGGCUCCAAAGACAAUGUAUGAAGCUCGAUUUGGUCUGGUGGCGCAGAAGAUUACGUUGGACGACAGGCAUCCCGUCGCAAUUGACCUGGCGUUUGUAGUCCGCUGGCGACGACGACGGCAAUUAGCAGAUGGCGAGACCAACACAAUCAAUGUCACGACGAUGACGGUUGGACAGUACAUGGUGCUUGGGACAGAGCCCAGAGUAUUGGCAUCGGUGCUUCACAGCUCGCAGGAGCAGGCAGGCUUGGUUCGACUGGACAUUACGAUUGAAAACCCGUCCAGCCAUUUCUUGACAUUCGGAUUGGUGAUGGAACCGAGCGAUGCUUUUGCUUUCUCUGGAUCGAAGCAGACGACGGUGCAUCUGCUCCCCAUGUCAAGACGCACCAAGACGUAUCGCCUGCUGCCGCUUGCACGAGGCGUCUACAUACGGCCGGGAUUGGUAGUGAGGGACAAGUAUUUCCAGAAGGUGUUGAGGGUUAUUCCAACAGAGGGGAUGAAGAUUGACAAGGACGGGCUGCUGGUAUGGGUUCCGCCAGCGCCAGAAGCAGAGGAGAAGGCGGAGGGAUAG